UAGGGUAUGAAUAUUUUCAAUAAACCUCAGUAUCGUUAUGUGCUAGUAUUUGUGUGUUGACAGUUAUUCAGCGACCCAUAUAUAUUUGCAAUUAAGUUAAAUUAAAAAGAAAGUGAAAGAUAAAUCAAUUCCAAGAACUUAUCAUUAACUGUAGUUGGAGCGUUAAAACAAUAACUUGUUGCAUUACAUUUUGCAAUAUAUUUUGUAAAUAUGAAUAAUGGCCGCUGAAAGUGAUCAGGAUCCAGAUGUUUUUGAAAUUGAUGACUUUACAGCUGCAUCAGAUUGGGAAAGAUUUAUCUAUAGAAUCGAAGAAAUUAUUGGACCUCAUGGUUGGAAGUUAGAUAAAAAUCAUAAAAAGCAAAAACUUUCACAGGGGUCAGAACUUCAUACUCUAGAUUUAAAGGAAAACUUACAGUUUAAUCACCGUCAAUUUUAUUUAUGUUAUCAUAAAAGUCAUGGUGAAAUUCAAUCUUCUCAAGAAGUUUUGCUGGAGACUCUCCCUCAGGCUCUUCAUGAUUCAUUUGACUUUAAUUUUGAUUUCUUAUCAAGAGGACAUAUUUUAAAUCGAUGUUUUGGAAUUAAAGAGUUUAUUGUACUUCUACCAGCAUCUAAUGAAGCACAAAUUGAAGGGGAAUCUGAAAUGAAACUUUUAUGGAGUUCCCUUGGUAUUGCUCUGUCUAACCUUAACUGUCAAACUCCGAUAUUUAUCCAAGUUGGUCCUCGAAAUCGAUCAUUAUUUUAUGGUUUAUGUAUUGGUGAAGGAUUUCGUUCUUCAUAUGAGACCAUACAUUUAAAAUACACUCCACAUGAAUGUAAUCAUAUUCAAGGAAUGAUAGAGACAUUUCGCUCAAAAUUGAGUUGUCCAAUUCAAUCCAAUGUGAUCAUUUCUGUUCGAUUUUCAUAUAUCAUUAAUGAUUGGCCAGAAGAGAUGUGGUGUCAAGAGCUUCCAAACAUUGAAAAUGAGUUUGAAAUGCAAGUUGGAAUUAACUCCUUUGAGGAACUUCCAUUUGGACCUCUUCAAGAACCUGUUAUAGAUUUAAUGCUUGCAGUAACAUGGCCUCAAUUAUCAUCUGAUAUGAUAAAUGACGAUGCUCACUUCAGCGACCUAGAUCCUAUGCAAGCUCCUCAUUGGUCAUUAAAAGCAAGAUUUAUGGAUUUUUGUCCGACUUUGUUAUUUGAGCAAGUAAAAGCUCUGUUACAUCUGUGCCACCAUUCUUCAGGAUAUAAUACUGCUCAAAUAUUGAGAACUUCUCAUCGUAAUGAUCAAAAUAAUGAGUUAACCUCUGAAGUGAGUCAUGUUUUGGAUCGUCUAACUAAACCUGCUCCUUCUUUAUCUCCAUUAUCAAUGGCUGUAUCUCGAGCUGCAAUGAAGGCUAUAAACACUAAUGUUAUAGAUUCACCAUUGCCAGAAGAGCUUUUAAAUAAGGCAUUAAAUCUUUUGUUUCCUGAUGCACACUUAAUGAAAGAAGAAGCAUGCAAGUUACAGGCAAGUUUAAGUGAACAACAAAGAAGUUUGGAAUCUGAUACACAGCGUUUAAAGGACAGAUAUCGCCAUUUAAAAGGUGCACCAACUGAUAGUUUAACUCUGACACUGGCUUGCUGUAUCAUGAUAUUAAACCAUAGUUAUGGUGGAAUGCAAGCUAUAGCUCAUUUAUGGCAUGAAUUUGUGAGAGAGUUGCGAUUCAGAUAUGAGAAUAAAAUUCUUGUUCCAAAGUUGGCACAGAAUCCACCAAACCAUAACUAUUGCCUUAUUCAUCAAAAGUUACAAAUGUUAAAUUGUUGCAUUUUGAAACAUCAACAGAGAAUGUGCUUAGACGAAACCUUGAAUAAAUCAAAUGAUCUUAUUUCACAAAAUAAAAAUGAGGUUCAGCAUAACACCCCUCAACACAGCACUUCUCAAUACAACACCCCUCAAAAGCGUUCUGUAAGUUACAAAGAAUUUUCUCAAAAUAGUUUAUCAAUGGAUAAUUCUGUAAACCUUACUCCCCAUGAAUUUUGUCACAAUGCUUUGAAUGAGGUUGAACCUGGAAGUAGCGUGUCCCCAGCAACACAACAUUUUAAAUCUGACACAUCUGAAUCGCAUGAAAGUGAUUCAGAUGAUGAGUUUUUUGAAGUAGAAGAAAGUUUUGCUAAAGUAUCAACUGUCUCAAUAAAUGAUGUUGAAAACUUUCAGUUUCUCAAACGUGAAGGAGUGUUAAAAGAAACAAGUAUGAAGCUUCUUGAAACAAAUGAAGUUCUUUGUAUACCUAUUACUCAGGAGAGUUCGCCUUUAACGGAAGAUAUGUUAAAUGAACAGCAGUUGUUGAUGGAAAAACUUGGUACCUCUGCUGAAGCAUCAAAGUCUAGAGUACGUAUGCAAUGUGCAUCUUUGCUAGCUGAUAUGGAAGCAUUUAAGGCUGCUAACCCAGGUUGUAUUUUACCAGACUUUGUUCGCUGGCAUUCUCCAAAUGACUGGCUUUUGGGACCUGAAACAGAUGAGGAAAGAGAAGAACUAAAGAAAAUGACAAAAGAAAGAAAAGAUGAUAGCAAAGAUUGGUCAAAUAAAGGUCAUUUGAGUUUGCGCAUGCGUGUUCCUGGUAACACUUGGGAAGAGGUAUGGAACACUGCAAAAGCAGUUCCUGCCAGAAAACAAAAAAGGUUGUUUGAUGAUACAAAAGAAGCAGAAAAGGUUCUUCACUUCCUUACAAACCUUACACUUCCUGAAAUUCUUCUUUACUUGUUUCCAGUGUUUGUUCAAGCAAGUCUUACCAGGAUCUGCAAAGAAGAAGACAGUAUUAAUUUGCACUUGGAAAUUGAAAGUUUAUUAAAAAAGUCAUCUAAGUUACAAGUUGCAUCCAUCGAAAACUUAAAAUUGAUGGAGGAUAUAGUUAAUCACAUUCAUUAUGUUGAAAUGACAGUUGGAAGAGCUAAGUCAUUGCGAAUGAAACUCUUUUCUGAAGAUGUUAAAGCUGAUUCAAUGGAAAGUUUUUUAAAGAAACUUCUAAACAAAGAUGAAGUUUUGAUUUUAGGCGGUCGCCACUCCCAAAUUGGGGGUAUUGUUACUAAGCUACUUCAACAUCAAAAGGAAGAAAAUGAUUCAAUGUUUUCGUCUUCAAAAGAAACGAAUAAUCGACCACAGACGAACCUUUCGUCUACGCAUAAAGAUAUUCCUUAUCCUUUCGGCAGGGAGUAUAUAUUUAGAACAACUGUACCUAGACCGAGUCGUACAUCUAGAUUGUGCCCACAAAGAAUGUACACCGCGAUUACGCCUGAUGACUUUCGUAUGGCUGGCUGUUUUACACAAGACACAAACUUUUUAUAAACGUUUAAUAUACAUUUGGGUACGCAUUGAAACAACUCGUUAUCCAAUCUCACCUAUCCAAGCUGUUAAAUUUAUCGAAUGUUGAGUUUGUUAAAUUGAUAAGCAUAAAUAAAAUAAAAUAAUAAAAUUUUUUAAAAACA